CAGAGGACUCUGCUUCUUUGCUUGUGACUCCUCUGACAGAGCAGCAGCGGUGUUUGGGUCCAUGCCACUCUACUAACUAACUAACUAACUACCUGUUUAAACCAGCUAACUAACUCUGCCAGAGUUCACCUUCCUCCACAUCCUCACUAACAACUCCAUCUGUCUGCAGCCAUGUUUGAGACCGGUAGCGAUGAACUGUUCCUGCCGUCCUACCAGGAUGAGGAGCUGGUGGACAACCUGCUAUCCAAUGAAUCAGAUGGAGAUGGUCUCUCCCUGGCGAAGGCCCUGCUCCCCCUGGUAGAGUCCUCCUUCCCUCCCCUCCUCCCCUGGGUCUGCUCCACCCGCUACAAGACGGAGCUUUGCACCAACUACUCGACCACCGGUUUCUGCAAGUACGCCGAGCGCUGCCAGUUCGCCCACGGCCUCCAUGAGCUCCACAUUCCCUUCCGCCACCCGAGGUACAAGACGGAGUUGUGCCGCAGCUUCCACACGACCGGCUACUGCUACUACGGCAACCGCUGCCUGUUCGUCCACAGCCAAGCUGAGCAGCGGAUCGCCCUGCACCGCCGCAGGAACGUCCCCUGUCGCACCUUCCGCUCCUUUGGCGUUUGCCCCUUUGGCACCCGCUGUAACUUCCUGCACGUGGAGGAUGGAGACGACAGAAGCAGCAGCGGUCUGGCGUCGCCUGACAUCGGCGAGGAGAAGACUCUGCCUGUGUCCAGCCCCCAGGUCCAAUAUCAGACCAAGGAGUGGAAGCCACGUGGCCCUCUGUGCCGCACCUUCAGCUCCUUCGGCUUCUGCCUGUACGGCACACGUUGCCGCUUCCAGCACGGCCUCCCCAGCAAGAUCAGAUUCAACCAGACCCCUGGCAGUUCAGGUUUACCCUCCCCGGCCUCCCUAUUCGCCUCCUCUUCACUGAUCUCUUCCACCUCCUCUUCUCCUCCACCGUCCUCCCCUCUCACCACGCCGCCCGUCGAGACCACGGCCCACAACGCCUUCACCUUCUCCAGUCAGCACCUGAGCGACCUGCUGCUGCCGCUGGCCCUCCACCUGCAGCAGCUGGAGAACAGCAAGGCCCAGGAGAUCUGGGACAACGGGGCACUCUAACUGGAUCAGGUCCCAGUUAGAAACCAGCAUCAGCACUGAACAACACAGCUCAAUUAAUUUUUUUUGUGUUUUAAUUUUUUUCUUUUUUAACCCUCCCCUUUCCGUAGGGCAUUUAUCAUAUCUAUUUUUUUAAUUUAGCUUGUUUUGACUUGAGAGCUUGUGUCAGCACAUCAAGCAGGACUUGAACCGUUCAUUGCAGAUCAAGCGGUCUGGUAACGUUUUGGUCUCUGGAAUCAUUACAGUUGCUGCUAGGAGUGUCACUCGACUUUUUAACUAUUGUAAAUACUUUAUUAAUGAACUGAGUAAAUGAAUUGUUUGACCUCAGAAUGAUGGAAUAAACUAAUUUUAAUCUAA